CCGGGGCAUGGGGAGCGCGGCAGUGGAGCUGGCCUGAACUUUGGACCUUGUCUUCCAGUAGGAAAUCAGUAUCUCAGCCCCAGCAGGAGCCGAUCAUGGCCUCCAAGCCUGAGAAGCGGGUGGCCUCUUCUGUCUUUAUCACCCUGGCACCUCCACGCCGAGACGUAGCAGUGACUGAGGAAGCGAGCCAGGCAGCUUGUGAAGCCCGACGUGCUCGGCCAUGGGAGACCCUUCCCACAAAGACACCUGGGGCUGCAGUGGGCAGGAGCCCCAAGACCUGGAUGCCCUCUGGCAGGAGCAAUGCCUCACUCCCUGAAGCCCAACCUCAGCUCUCCAAUGGAGGAUGCUCUCCCCCACCUCCUUCCCUGAAUGAUGAGGACCUAGACCUCCUCCCUCCUCCUCCGCCCCCUUCUGCCUACCUGCCUCUCCCAGAAGAGGAGCCUCCUGUCUUGCCUGGGACAUCACUCAUUUCUGACUUGGAGCAACUGCACCUGCCUCCACCCCCACCUCCACCCCCAUUACAGGCUCCAUCAAAGGGAUCUUCUGUCCAGCCUCCACCUGGUCACGUCAGACCCUCGGAAGAGGAGCUUCCUCCUCCUCCAGAAGAGCUUGUCACUCUUCCAGAGAGAGAAGCAUCCACAGAUGUCUGUGGUUUCUGUCACAAGCCUGUGUCCCCUCGAGAACUGGCUGUGGAGGCCAUGAAGAGGCAGUAUCAUGCCCAGUGCUUCACCUGUCGUACCUGCCGCCGCCAGUUGGCUGGGCAGAGAUUCUACCAGAAGGAUGGGCGCCCCCUGUGCGAACCCUGCUACCAGGAUACCCUGGAGAAGUGCGGCAAGUGUGGGAAAGUGGUCCAAGAGGAGAUCAUCCGGGCCCUGGGCAAGGCCUUCCACCCGCCCUGCUUCACCUGCGUGACCUGUGCCCGCUGCAUCAGCGACGAGAGCUUCGCGCUGGACAGCCAGAACCAGGUGUACUGCGUGGCUGACUUCUACAGGAAAUUUGCCCCUGUGUGCAGCAUCUGUGAGAAUCCCAUCAUCCCCCGAGACGGGAAGGAUGCCUUCAAAAUCGAGUGCAUGGGAAGGAAUUUCCACGAAAACUGUUACCGUUGUGAGGACUGCAGUGUCCUCCUGUCUGUGGAGCCUACCGACCAAGGCUGCUACCCGCUGGAUAACCACCUCUUCUGCAAGCCCUGCCACCUGAAGCGGAGUGCUGCUGGGUGCUGCUGAAGAGUCCCGAUGGCCGGCCCUUCCCUGACUUGAUUUCCCCUCCUGACCUUUCUUACAUACUUUCCUUUUGAACCUCACUGGACACCAGCACACUGCUCAGCCCACAGUGUCUUAAAUGCAUGGGCCUGAGACACUGAGGCUUGGCCUCCUAGUACACAGCACCCUCCAGACUUUCAAGUCCUCUCCCUCCACUGACCAGGAGGCCCCUCAGCCACCAGAAUGGGACCCUGGUCCAUCCCUAGUGCUGCUCUAAUAAUGUUUGUGCAGAAAAGUCCCGGGAUGAUGCCUAUGUCUCUGACCCAUGAUGCUUAGCUGCCUAGCGGAAGGUGCUGAGACCUCAGCUUAGAUUCUAAAGCUGAGUUGUUUGAAGUGUGCCUUCCCAGCCACUCCAAAAAGUUUUUUUUUUUUUUUGAAAAUUUAUAAAUUUGUGCUGGACAUGGUAGCUCACACCUUUAAUCCCAGCACUUGGGAGGCAGAGGCCUGUGGAUUUCUAUGUUCCAGGCUAGUCUGAUCUAUAGAGUGGGUUCUAUUUAAAUGAUUCAAAACAAUAUUCUUUGGAUUUGGGGGAGAGAAAUCUUUUUAAUUUUUCAGUGGGGUAAAAUCAGUAAAUGUCUUCCCUUGGUUUGCGGGGCUGCCAAGAUGGCUCGUCUUGCAGAGGACCAGAGUUCAUUUCAUAACUACUUGUCCUGUAACUCCAGUUCCGAGAGCUCCGCCGCCCUCUACUGACCUCCUUGAAACCUGAAUGCACAUGGUGUACACACACUCAGGCACACACACAUACAUUAAAAAAAAAAAAAUCUUUAGCCAGGUCUAAUGGUGCACACCUUUAAUCCCA